AUGGCACUUACACAACCAACGACAGGCCUAGGGUCUGCUGAAGCGUCUUCCACGGAGGGAGACGUUACCGAGGGAGACUUUACCUUAGAACCAAAAAUCGAAUCAAAAAUCGAAACGCCUGGCCACAAUGCUCAAGAAAUGCCCGCUAUUGAAGCACAGGCUACAGCUGAUGCCACCUCAGAACCUCCGCCGGACGGGGGUCUCAGGGCGUGGCUUCAGAUUGUUGCCGGGCAUCUCGUCGUCUUCAACACAUGGGGUUACAUCAUCAGCUUCGGCAUCUUCCAACCAUACUACAUGGAUAUGCUCAACCUCCCGGCCUCAGCCGUGUCUUGGAUCGGGAGCAUCCAGACCUGCCUACUAUUUCUCAUUGGCACCUUCUCUGGACGUGCCUUUGAUGCUGGAUACACCAGGACAUUCCUGAUAAUAGGAUUCAUCAUGCAGGGAAUUUGCCAGGGCUUGGGCUGUGGGCUUGUCUUUGCACCGACGAUUGCCAACAUGUCGACAUACUUCUCUAAGAAGAAGAUCCUGGCCUUGUCGGCGGCUGCUUGCGGCGGUGGAACUGGAGGCGUUGUCUUCCCCUUGAUUGCGCAGCAGCUGAUUCCCAAGGUCGGAUUCCGCUGGACGGUCCGAGUCAUGGGAUUUGUGGUUUUGGCCAGCAGCGUCAUCAUCAUUUCGCUCAUGAGGACGAGGCUGCCGCCGCGAAAGGCUGGGCCUCUGGUUGACUGGUCUGCUUUCAAAGAGUUGACCUAUGUCUUGUUUGCUAUUAGCAUGUUCAUCACGCUCUGGGCAACGUAUUUUGCAUACUACUACGCACGCCCGUACUCAAUAGAUCGACUCGACGGAUCUCAAUCGACAUCUUUUAAUAUGCUCAUGAUCAUCAAUGCCAUUGGCAUUCCAGGACGACUUGUACCGGCUUUCCUGGCUGACCGAUACUUUGGAGCUGUCAAUAUGUUCAUCCCCACGAUCUUGGCCGCGGCCAUUUGCAUAUUUGCUUGGGCGGGUGUCAAUUCCAUCACUGGAGAUUACAUCUGGGUCGUCUUCUUUGGCUUCUUCGGCGCCGGCAUCCAGGGCAUGUUCCCCGCGACAACAGCCGGGCUGACCAAGGACCUGAGCAAGGCUGGUGUGCGAAUCGGCAUGAUCUUCACCAUCAUCAGCGUUGCAGCGCUUACUGGGCCGCCGCUGGCUGGAAAGCUGGUUGCGGUGGCUAAUGGAAGCUAUAUCGGAGCUCAGAUAUGGGGAGGAGUUUGUCUCGUUGUUGGGGCGCUGUUUCUAAUAGGCGCCAGUUGGGCGAGCCAGCGGGAGCUUAAAAAGAGCAAGGAGCAAUCGAUCUCUCAGGAGUAA